CUCAACUAUACAUUUCUUCUCCGAGAAGAGGAGCACCCAUUCCAUCCAAGCGCUCCGCCACCUCCUCUAUCUUCUUCGAGAAGCUUCUUCGAGAACUCUCUCUCUCUCAAACACACACCAAAAAGCAGAGGAGUUUGAGGAGGAGGAGAUCGAUCGACCAUGUUUUACUCGGAAAGCUCCUCUCGGCCAAAUAUGGAUGGCGGCUACACUGCACGCGAAGAUCAAUCGGAGGAAGCUCGAUAAGCUCGACAUUAUCAAGAUAUGUGAGGAAAUCCUGAAUCCCACAGUUCCAAUGGCUCUACGGCUCUCUGGGAUACUAAUGGGUGGUGUAGUCAUCGUCUAUGAGAGGAAGGUGAAGCUCCUCUAUGAUGAUGCGACUCGUAUUCUGGCAGAUGCGUUGGGAGCGAUUGAAUCCUUCCCAUUUUCAGGGGUUCUCAUCAUAUUUUUUCCUCUCACCAUGAAAGCGGAUAUCAUAGCCGAUGCCACGAUCAACGUGGACAUCAUCGCCGUCGCAUUCCGCGUCAGAACGAAGGUCACCGAACAAUUCAUGAACCACACGUGUCUUGUCAAUCUCAUCCUUCAGACGUGUAGGAAGAUCGCUUCCCAAUCCCAUGAUGCUCAAAACAUCUUCCACUUCCACGGUAUGUUUAUAACUACUUCCAGUAAUAAGCUCGCGAGCUUUACGCUGCAUGUGUUCCAGCAACAGCAUGAAUUGACUGCACCAGAGAGCCGGCAAAAGGCUCUGCCCGAUGAGCAGCUGAUACGACAAAAGCGGCAUGUCGGCGACGGUUCGCACGGACGCCCCCGACAGGCCUGCGACGAGGAUCACGGCGAGGCCUCUGAUGUGAGCGGCAUCGGAGUGGGCGUAGAAGUAGACCAGCGAGGGGUCGGCGGGAUCGAGGAGCGCAUGGACGUACGUGUUGUAAGCCAUGAGGAGGCCGUCCACUCUGUUGGAGGCGGUUACGAAGGGCGUGGGAACGCAGGGAAGGUGUUGGCCGUAGCGUUCGAUCUGGCGACAUCUGGCGCGGACGUCUGGAAGAGUCGAUAAAAGUGUCAGGAUCUGGGCGAACUUAUGAGGAUAGAAGACGAGUUCGCUCUCGGAGGCGCAUCUGUGUUGCGCUUGUACGGGGAGAGUGGCUGUUCGUCGGGAGCCCAGUUUAAACGAGAUCGCAGGAGCAGGAAAGACCGCAGGAGUGGGACGGAGACGGAUCUUUGCAGAUAGAUCGACUUUGGAGGACCUUCGGGCGAGACUGGGGAAGACUCCAACAUUGAGAGAGGAGGAGACGGCCAUGCCGAGCGAAAGA